AGCAAACAAUCCUGAAUUGUGGUAUUAGCUCCUCAUCAUAAAAAGGCAGCCAGAUAUUUACUUGUAUAUCCUGCAUCCUGAAUCCCAUUCUUCGGAACUUCCAGCACACCAACCUUGAGUCAUACCUGAGCCAGAGCAGGCGGAAAACAAUCCUUUCAGUACAUUCGACAUGGCUCAGGAACAGGUGGUCUACCAACCUCACACUUCUUCCAAGACAGGCACAUUCUAUUUCGCCUUCGGUAGCAACCUCUCGCCAUAUCAAAUGUCAAUUCGCCUCCACAAUGAUCCUUCCUCGAGCGUUCCCAUCGCCAUUGCCCGUCUAGACAGCUACGCCUGGAUCAUUUGCGAACGAGGCUAUGCAAACGUAGUUCCGUUGCCAGGAUCCAACGCCGCCACUGAUGCCAACACCGUCUGGGGCGUGCUGUACAACAUGACACCGGAAGACGAAGCCAGGCUGGACAUGUACGAAGGCCACAACGAGGCUAGAAACCCCGUUCCACAACUCAAUCCAGAUCCCCAGACGCAGCAUGUCAAACCUUAUCUCCAGGGCGAUUGGGACUACAACAAGCAUUACCUCCCAAUGACUGUGACGAAGUGGCUGAAAGACCCAAACGAGUAUGGCGUGAGCGUGCCUGGGUGGUCACCAGACAAACACUCAAGUUCCGACAACACCACGGUCCGUGCCUUGGUAUAUGUCGACGAGGACCGCGUCACACCUGGAGAGAUUGCGCAGGAGUACAUUGGACGCAUGAACAGAGCGAUUGACGAGUCGAUCAAGCUCGGCGUGCCGCAGUCUUGGGUCGACAACAUCCUGCGCAAGUACAUCCCACCGGAUAUUUCCGUUGACGAAGAUGGUUACGUCGGUACGGAUGAGGGAUAUGUCGAAGCUGAAGCCACGGAAGCUGGUGAUCAUGUCAAGGAGAUGACGGUCAAGGACGGGAGCUGGAAGGGCGACUCGGCGUGGUAGACACCUGUUGUGGUUGUGGGAAAGGCUAAAGUCCCACAGCCAAGUCACUUUUUUUGUGCUUCACCUUCAGCCUCAUCUUCACUGUCACCCAACAAUUCAAAGGAUACAGUUUAAACAGGUAGAGAACUGCUCAACAAUGCAAGACCACAGUGGGUGAAGAGGGUAUACAUCAUCACGAUGAGCUGGCAAUUUAUUCCGACAUCUAUUUCGACACUUCCAGACCCGAUGCGUCCACGUGC